ACGCGCAGCGGAGGCGAGCAGACAGCAGCAGCUGCAGCAUCUCUCCAGCAGAGCAGGGUCCAAGUCACAGGCAGUUUGUUCAAAGCCGAGCAAGAAACAACAAGAGUUUAUUUUAAACAGGAAUAAAAAAUAAAAGCGGAGGAGAGACGGAAACGAGCAGAGAGCAGCGGGAUUCACUGACCCAGUAAGGGACACCGUCGGUUCCGCCUCCCAGGAUGUGUGGUGUGGAUGUGGACCUGGAUGAUGGCGGCUCAGCGGACGAGGAGAAGGAGGAGGAGUUCUGGGUGGGGGACGCGGUGAAGAUGCUGCCCCCCCCGGUGGCGCACAGCGACGGCAGCGUGUGGGGCGGCCGCAGGGGAGCGUGCGGCUCGGCGGCCUGCGGGGCGGUUCUGGUCCUCUGGAACCUGAGCGUGGUGUCGGCCGGCGCUCUGCUGCUGGCGCUGGUCUUCUCCGUGGUGCUUCUGCCUGCAGCGCUGCUGCUGUACGCCGGCUUCCUCUGCCACUCCAGAGUCCUCGACGCCCCGGCAGCUAUCUGCCGCUACCUCGACGACAACAGCUGCUCCGCCCUCAUCAUCCUGGCCUUCGUGAUGAUGUCGCCCCUCGUAGUUUUGGCGGCGGCGGUUUUCUGCGGGCUGCUGAGGAAAUUCCGGCUCCUUCUUUUCCUCCAGCCGCUCUCCAGGGCUCGGUACCGAGGGAGGCUGCUGGACUGGGUGGGAAGAGUCCAGGCCUGGGUGUGACGGGCAAGGCUCAGGGUUGGUGUGCGGAGAGUGAGGAGUUGAAUGGUAAAAAGAGUGAGAGAGGACAAUAAAACAUGUCAAAAGUACUCAAAAGAAAAUUCAAAUAUAAACCUAUAAAUAAAUAAAUAAAUCCUGUUAUAUUCGUUAUUUACAAAUUAAGCAAAGUCCAUUAUUAGUGAUGCCUUGCGGUUCCUGUUGAGUCUGCAGCAACACAAACUACUAGUUAAAUC